GCAAGAAUGAGUAUGUACUAAUUCAAUGUUCCUCAAAUAGUGCAACCAUCAUGUAAGUUUAUAUUUAUAUAUUAUACGCUAUAUAGAUUUCCAAGUAUAUUAUUAUAAUACUUAUUUUUAUAGCCUUAAUAUACAUUUACACCUUCACUUAUUGAUAUGUAUUAUUACAAACACAAUUAUUUAUUUAUUUAUAUAGGCCCCAGCAAAUGCCGACCAUCAGCACAUUCCCACCCCCACAUCAUGAUGUUGAUUGGUUUUACCUGGAUGAAGAUGGGAAAUGGAAAAUAUUUGAUUGGAGAAGAUGCAAUCUCCUAGAGAAUAUGCUUCAUUACUGCAAUUAAGGAGAGUUCCAGAUCAUUUUCAAAGACAUGCAGUUUAUAGUUGAUUAUGAUCACAUGGUCAUGCAUCAUUAAAUUAGUUAUUAUAAAAUUAGGAGAGAAUCAUCCAUUGUGUCCAGACAAAUUAAAAUAUAGCAAGGCAAAUGGUCCUAUUAUAAUGGGUAAACGUGGAUUCAAUAUGAAAAAGUGAUUUAAAAUUAAUUGGAAGACUUGAUGGUCAAAGGAGAAGUAAAAAUAAUUUAAAUAAUUGAAGCCUCUUAUUAUAAUGUAUGUAAAUAACAAACAAUACGUGUUUGAUUUGGAUCAGAAUGUCUAAGUGGAGCCUCUAGAUGAUAAAGGCUUAAAUAAGAGAAAGAUAAUUACAAGACAAUGGAUGAACACACAUUAAUUAUAAGAGUUUUGUAAACUAAGAAAAUAAUAGGAACUCACCUAUAUAAGGGAAAGAAAGGCAUUGGAAGAGUAUAUGAAAUUGCAUCAACACCGUAAGAAAGUAGGUGGAUCUAAGAAAGCUAAUAGAUUGGGAGAUUUAGGAAUAUCUCCAGAUCAGGAGAAGUAGGAGAGAAAACAAUAGAAAUCAUAGCAACAACACUAGUAGUAAUAGCAAACAAAGCCAAAAGAUGAAUGCUUUAAAAUGAUAGAGCAUUAGAAAUAGCCAGAUCCAAAGUAAUUGGAGGAAUGGAAUUUACUUAUUGAAAAGAUGAAAGAAGAAAAUGCUGAAAAUAAUUCAUGA